AUGGGAAAGCACAGACUCCGGGAAGGCAAUGCACGGCAAACUGCUGCGUUGCUAACGCCUUCUGAGAACCUGCGUGCUGCUCAUGGAGGUCCACCACCACUGAAGGAAUUGCAGGCUCUUCAGUUAGAUCUGGGACCAGUGAAUAACCAAGCCACCAAGGCUCAUGAACGCCUAAAACAGAAUCUGAGCAAGAGGCAAAAGACUCUCCUGGAUUCCAGAAGCAGCAACAUCCGGGGCAUCCCUGGCUUCUGGGCCCAAACUUUUGUGAACCAUCCCCAGCUGUCAGCAAUGAUCAGUGACCAAGAUGAAGACAUGCUUAGCUACAUGAUCAAUUUGGAAGUACAAGAACUCAGGCAUCCCAAGAGUUCCUGCAAAAUCACCUUUUACUUUAGAAAUAACCCAUACUUCCAGAAUGCAGUGGUUGUUAAGGAAUUCCUCGUGGAUAUCACUGGAUAUAGGUUGUGCCAUUCCACUCCCAUUCAGUGGCAUCAGGAUUAUAAAAUUGAAGCUGACAGUCACAGAAACCACAACAAGAGCCCAAACUUCUUCAACUGGUUUACAGACCACAAUUUUGCAGGCUCAAACAGGAUCACUGAGAUCAUCAGAAAAGACCUGUGGCUCAAUCCAUUGUACUACUACAAGAUGAUGAAAGCACAUGAAGAGGGGGAAGAAAAUGAAUCCCCUAUGACUCCAGAUGCUUACCAGGACUUCCUGUGA